GACAAACAAAAGAAAAGCUUCUAAAAUUAGGCCAACCGCUUUUGUAGCACAAGAAUCGUUUCUUUUUGUAAAGAAAGCUCACGCAGUUUACAUGAUCUUAAAGAAAAGGCAGCCUCAGUUUCUGUGAAAGAAAGCUGAGCUUGUUCUUACAAGUUACAAUAACGGAUACAUGUUCCUUUAUUGCAUCCAAACCAGGCAAAGCUGUCUUUUAAUACAGAGAGAGAAAGAGAGAAAGAGGGGUUUUGCAGCUUGGUAACUAGAGUUUUUGACACGUCCUUUUUAUGAGAAAGAGCUUAUUACUUGAUUUGAUAAAGUUACCUUGAAGUGCACGUCCCUGUCUGCUACUCCCUCUUUUUUCAAAUCAAGCUUUUCUGCCGAGCACUUCAAAGAAGGGGUAAAAAAAAAGGCAUCUUGGGUAUUGUGAAUCAGGGAAAAAUACAGUCUUUUUUGAUCGAGAGUUUUGUUUAUGGUGGAGAAAGGGGGGGGGGUGGGUGGAUUUUGAUUAUGGGGUGUGUGGAAGGUGUUUAGGGGUUUAGUUUCUAGCUUGGCUUUGGAGAUGAAACAGAAGGGUAGCUCAGAUUUGGCUAGUAAAGUAGUGGUGGUGGCUGUUAAAGCAGCAAGGGAGAUCCCAAGGACUGCUCUGGUCUGGGCUUUGACUCAUGUUGCCCAGCCUGGGGAUUGCAUUAAGCUGCUCGUGGUUAUUCCUGUCCACUCCUCAAGUAGAAGGAUAUGGGGUAUUUCAAGAUUUACCAGUGAUUGCGCCACUGGUCAUUGGAAGUCUCUCUCAGCCUCAGGAGCUAAUUCAGAUGCAAAACAAGAUAUUGCAGAUUCAUGCUCCCAAAUGAUUUUCCAGUUAAAAGAUGUUUAUGACCCCGACAAGGUAAAAGUGAGGAUAAAAAUUGUUCCUGGAUCACCUUACGGAAUAGUCGCAACUGAAGCCAAGAAAGCCCAAUCCAACUGGGUUAUAUUGGACAAACACUUAAAACAUGAGAAGAAACACUGCCUGGAAGAGCUGCAAUGCAAUCUUGUGGUCAUGAAGCGAUCUCAGCCAAAGGUUCUUCGAUUGAAUUUGGUUGGAUCACCGAACAUGGCACCUCAAUUGGCUUGGCCAUUAUCAUUUGAAUCUGAAACAUAUCCUAAACGUAAGAAAAGCAAGCAUGACUUGUUAGAUGAAACAAAAGGGCCAUUUGUGACUCCAGUCAGUAGUCCUGAGCGUGAAUCAUCCCUGACUGCUACUGAUAUUGGAACUUCAUCAAUAUCAGGCUCUGAUCCAGGGGCCUCACCAUUGAUCCUCCCUGCGUUAUAUGAGAGUUUGAAGAAAGAGUAUUCAUUUAUUACUGAGGAAAGCCAAAAUCUGUUCGAAUCUGAUUCAGACACUGACUGUGAGCUAGAUCCUCCUAAAACAAGAUCUUAUUUCCCUCCAUGGAUGUCUGACAUUUGUAAUUCUAGCGCUGACUCUAAGCAUCUUGGGAAGGAUUUACAGAGACUGAAUGAUUCAUCGCUUACUUCAACAUAUAACAUUUUGUUGGAGAAAUUAUCUACAUUGAACAGAGAACCUGAUGUUGGGGUCCUUAAUUAUAGGCUUGAUCUGAAGGUCAGCAAAAGUGUGAGGGAAGCUAUCUCACUGUCAAGAAAUGCUCCUCCUGGACCUCCUCCAUUAUGUUCAAUAUGUCAGCACAAAGCUCCUGUGUUUGGGCACCCUCCAAGGUGGUUCACUUAUGCUGAACUAGAACAUGCUACAAAUGGCUUUUCACAAUCGAAUUUCUUGGCUGAAGGUGGAUUUGGUUCUGUUCAUAGAGGGAUCUUACCAGAUGGUCAGGUGAUAGCUGUGAAGCUACAUAAGUUGGCUAGUUCUCAAGGUGACCGAGAAUUUUGCUCGGAAGUAGAGGUUUUAAGUUGUGCACAGCAUCGGAAUGUUGUAAUGCUGAUUGGCUUCUGCAUUGAGGAUGGAAAAAGAUUGCUAGUUUAUGAGUACGUUUGCAAUGGCUCUUUGGAUUCUCAUCUUUAUGGGCAUAAUCAUGAUACAUUGCAAUGGUCAGCACGACAAAAGAUUGCUGUUGGAGCAGCCAGAGGAUUGAGAUACCUUCAUGAAGAGUGCAGAGUUGGUUGUAUUGUACACCGUGAUAUGCGGCCUAAUAAUAUCCUUCUCACCCACGAUUUUGAACCAUUAGUUGGGGAUUUUGGGUUGGCAAGGUGGCAGCCGGAUGGAGACAGGGGAGUGGAAACUAGAGUGAUUGGACGAUUCGGGUAUUUAGCUCCAGAAUAUGCCCAAAGCGGCCAAAUCACAGAAAAAGCUGAUGUCUAUUCCUUUGGGGUGGUAAUGGUAGAGCUCAUCACUGGACGAAAAGCUAUGGACAUCAGUCGGCCAAAGGGACAGCAGUGCCUCACAGAAUGGGCACGCCCUUUACUAGAAAGUCAUGCGAUACGGGAACUUGUUGACCCCCGCUUGGGGAACGGCUAUGUGGAGCAAGAGGUUUAUGGCAUGCUGCAAUGUGCUUCCUUUUGCAUCAGGCGGGAUCCUCAUACAAGGCCUCGCAUGUCUCAGGUACUUCGGAUGUUGGAGGGCGAUGUCAUCACAAAUUCGACUUUCGUGCAUGAAUUCUAGGGAUCCUGGAAGUGCAUCCGCCGAUCUGCUGAAGCAGUUAGAAUGAAUAUCAGCAUCAUCAGCAAUGGCCUACCAUUGCAUGAUCAAGACAUAAAGCAGAGGUACCUACACCAUACAAAGAGUUGAAGAAGAUUGAAGAUGGCCCGAGGCAAAUAUUAUUUGGAAAUAAUGUCACCCUUUGAUUUUAACUAUCGCAUAGAAUUUUAUUUUAUUUCAUACUCAUAUAACUGUAAAAAAAAUGAGUGAAUGUUUUGUAAAUUACAUAGUUUUUCCUGUUUGGCA